UGCGUCGCAGGGCGGGGCGGGGCGGGGCGGGGUCAACCGCCACCAACCUCUGUGCGCAGUACCCUUCGCGGAGCAGCCAGCGACCAUCUCUUUCCAGAACAGCAGCUGCAGCAGCUAUGUCUUCAUCCUGGGUGCCCGCUGUGGGCCUCACCCUGGUACCCAGCCUGGGAGGCUUCAUGGGCUCCUACUUCGUGCGCGGUGAGGGCCUUCGCUGGUAUGCCGGCCUGCAGAAACCCUCCUGGCAUCCUCCUCGCUGGACACUGGCUCCCAUCUGGGGCACGCUGUAUUCGGCCAUGGGGUAUGGCUCCUACAUAGUCUGGAAGGAGCUAGGAGGUUUCACAGAGGAGGCUAUGGUUCCCUUGGGCCUCUACACUGGUCAGCUGGCUCUGAACUGGGCGUGGCCCCCCAUCUUCUUUGGUGCCCGGCAGAUGGGCUGGGCUUUGGCGGACCUCCUGCUCAUCAGCGGGGUGGCGACCGCUACGACCGUGGCUUGGCACCGAGUGAGCCCACCGGCCGCCCGCCUGCUCUACCCCUACCUGGCCUGGCUGGCCUUUGCCACCAUGCUCAACUACACCAUAUGGCGUGAUAACUCUGGCCGGCGAGGGGGCCCGAGGCUCCCGGAGUGAGAGCACCUAACCAUCAGGACUGCAGGACUGCAGCACUGCCAGCCAGGCACCGUGGUGGUGGCCGUCAAUCAUGCUUUCAUGACCACUGGGUCUGCUUGUCUGCCUGAGUCUUGGCCAGGGAGCCACCAGGUAGGUCAAGGUGGUCAGUGCCAAGUCCCAUGCAGGGACAGUUGUAUCUGCCUUUCUUCAUUGCUCCAGAAUAUGCCCGAGGAGCACAGGCUUUUAAAGCUAAAUAAAGUCUUUAAUUUCA